AGCAGCUGGUGCGAUUUAUCCAAUACGGUAAAGUUGCAGUUAUAACCUGCAAUUUCAGAUUGUUUCCUUUUUUACUCUCCAUCCCACUUCCAAAACCGUGAUCAGGACCCUUCAACCGUAAAACACACAAACAAAACGACAACAUUUUUUGGACAGCGAGAUAUAUAGCAAUUUGCGGCGAAGUGAGAGUGAAGUCAGGAAAAAAGUGAGAGUGAAGUCAAGAAAAAGUGUCGGAAGCCGUGAUUGUUAUUUCAGCGUUCGGGAUUCACUGUGUAGAAAUAUGGCAGAAGCCAAAGCAAAGGAGGACUUUGUACAUGUUAGCAAGAAGAUGCGAACAGAUGUCUGCAGUAAUGCCAUCGACAGCACCACAGACAAGAAGUGUGAGUCCGACCCGACAGGAGAGAGAGAUAAUCUUUUCAAGACAUUUGAAAACUUUGAAGUACAACGCAUAUUAAAUAACUCUGAGGAUCACAAAAGUAUUGCUGUUGUUGGCCACCUGAAAGGAAAGGAAGGAAAUGCUGUAAUCAUGUUAAAGAAAUUAGCCUUCAAUGCCGAGAAGAUAGAAGAGAUAUUUAGUGGCAAAACAGAAACUAAAACAUUGUUCCGCAAUGACAUAUACUACAACAGCACAGCAUGGAUGCCAAGAGAUUUGAAUGAGCUGGGAGCGACCAUCAUCUAUCCAGCGGAGGAAAAGCAUAUCCUUAAAUAUGAGAAGCAAUCAUCAUCUUUUGUCUUUGAAACACCUGAGCUGUACAAGGAAGUUACGAAACCAUUCAUUGAGUCGGCUGCCUUUAGCAAAGAGUGGAUAUAUAAUAUUUUAGAUCACAAAAAAGAAGAAGAUCGGAUUGUUUUUGAGGAUCCAGACCCAGAAAUUGGCUUCAUCCUCUUACCAGACAUGAAGUGGACUGGAGAACAGAUUGAAGAUCUGUAUCUUCAGGCUAUUGUUCACAGAAGGGACCUGACAUGCAUCCGUGACCUUAGAGGCAACCACAUUCCUUUGCUAAAGAAUAUUUUGAAGAAAGGAACAGAAGCUAUAAUGGAGAAGUAUGGGAUACCGGCGCACAAGCUCCGUAUAUAUAUCCACUACCUGCCAUCAUUCUACCAUCUCCAUGUUCAUUUCACUGCUCUCUCAUUUGAUGCUCCAGGCACUUGGAUUGGAAAAGCAGUUACAGCUUUCAUCAGUGAUAAGCAACCUAAACCUCAAGUCAGAUUACUAUCAGUUUGCUGAGCUCUCAUUCACCUUAAAGGAUAACCAUCCCCUCCAUGCAAAGUUUGAAGAGAAAGGUUGUUUCUCAGGAUAGAUGUUCAUUAAAGGAGUUGAAGAUAUUUGUUCAUAUAGUAAUUGCAAGGGAAAUUAUUUUUUUCAUGUGUUUUACCUUUUCUUUUUUUUAAUCAGAAGAAACAGAGCAAUGGCAUUUCUGUUCCUGUGUAUUUUUUAAUUAAAAAUGAGUAAUUUUAGUGCAGAAGAUUCAUUAUUAUUAUUUAUUGAUAACAUUUGGCUGCAGCAUUAUCAUUAAGAUUAAGUAGAAAUGAACCUUAAAAGCUUCUAUUUUGUGUAUUAGUUCAGAUGUAGUUGUUUGAUAGGUUCUUCUUUAUAUUUUUCUUGGUGAAGUCUUUAUAUUUAUUCUGUUUAUUAUUAUUUUGUAAAUUUUCUUGGAAUUUGUCAUUAGAAUGGGUAAAGAGCAUUGGAACUCUAGACAUUUCUAUGUAAUAUUUUAUAUUAAAAGUUUAAUUGUA